CGCCUCUUCCUCUUCCCGCCUUGCCGUCUCUCUCGCCCUCCGAUCUUGACCUUUCGCCCGUUGUUGCUCUUCCCGAGAGCAGUAUCCGCUCUCUGCCCCUGUGCAAGCAAGUUCGGAUUAGAAAGAGAGGAGGAACACGACGAAGACGGCCUCUCCAAAGGUUCCGUUUUGUGGUCGUUUUCGCCAUUGACAUUCUCGCUCGAGGUCGGAAGUGGGCGGCUGCCUACUUGAGGUUAUUCUUUUCCAAUGAUCGUUCUAGGUAUGAUCUGAUCGCAUCCGAUGGGGACGGGCACGGUUAGAGAGCGAUAGGAGAAGAGGAGCUUAUUCCGGUCCUGCCGGCCCCCAAUCCUAGGGUUUCUGAAGAAGAAAUGGAGUGGAGCAGCGCGACGCGGUCACCGACGUUGGAAACGUUGUCUCGGACCUUCAGCAAGCUCCUUCGCCUCCGCUGCUCCGCCAGCGAUGCCGACGUUGCCCCCGGCGAAGAUGACUGCUCGAUCCAUAAACUGAAGGCGGCCCAGAACUUGAGCGACUGUUCCCCCAUCCUCCUGUCUGAUUGCAGCGGCAGCGACUCGUGCCAAGUGGCGUAUGAGAAGCAGCAACACCGGCUCUCCUCGAACGUCAAAGAAGCCAUGGAGUCUCUCCUCGCCAACCUCUUCGCCAGCAUAUCUGCUGUCGAAGCUGCCUACGUCCAGCUCCAAAUGGCGCAGUCACCGUAUGAUCCCGACUCGAUACAGUCUUGUGACUUGGCCAUCGUCUCUGAGCUCAAGCGCGUCUCCGAGCUGAAGCAAUCCUACUUGAGGAACCAUUCCAUCAUUCCGUAUACCGAUGCUGACGGAAUGAUGGGCCCGGGCCCGGCACUUGCUGCCCGGAUCGCAGAGCAGCACAAUCUAAUCAAGACCUCUCAGAUCACCACGAGCAAGCUCCAAGCUCACCUCGAGCUCAGGGAUUUCGAGAUAUCCUCGCUCCAGGCCGAGCUGCUUGCGUGCGAGAAGGUCAACCAAGCGUUGGAGUCGAAGCUUCAUCCUGGCCGCUCGCUCUGUGUCCUGGAUGGCCUACCCCUCUCCGACCUAAGCCCCAUCCAUUUCCUCGCCGUUCUUCGAUGGACCUUCAACUCCAUCAGAUCCUUCGUCAAAUUCAUGGUGAAGGAAAUGGAGUCAGCCGGGUGGGACCUCGAUGCUGCCGCUGGUGCAAUCCAGCCGGACUUACUCCGCCGUAAAAAGCCCGGCCAUCGGACCUUCGCCUUCCAGUCCUACGUCUGCCAGGGGAUGUUCUCGGAUUUCCACCACAGAAGUUACAACGUGGCCGCCCUGAAAGAUCGAUCGGCAUGGGGUCGGCGCCGGUGGUUCGAUGAAUUCACGGAGCUGUCACGCGUCGGAUCGAACCAAAAGCUCAGCCAACGCUCGGCGAUCGCGAAGUUCGCCACGGCGAAGUAUCAGGCGCUGGUGCAUCCGAAGAUGGAAUCGUCGUUCUUCGGCAGUCGUGAUCGGGAAAGGUCUCCUGCAGGAAGCACGGGCCGGGACUUCCCGGACUCGGCGUUCUUCAGUGGGUUCGCGGAGAUGGCGAGGCGAGUGUAUCUCCUCCACUGCUUGUUCUUCUCGUUCGAUGACAGGUUCAUUUUCCAGGUGCGACGUGGCAGCCGGUUCUCCCAAGUGUACAUGGAGAACGUGGUGGAGGACGAGGACGAGGACGACGACGAUGACGCUGCAGCCGAGCUCACGCCGCCCACGGUUGGGUUCACCGUCGUCCCUGGGUUCAGGGUGGGUCGGACACUGAUCCAAAGCAAGGUCUACCCCUCGUCAACCAUGGACGGAGCAUGACGGCCAUGAACGUCCUUUCAAAGGUUGUCAUGUGACGUUAAUUAGCGUUCUCUUGUUGAGAAAGCAACAAAAAUAUAGUGCACUACUACUUUAAGUUGGUCUAAAGACUUGGCCUACUACACUCUUUAUAUUAGAACAUCAUCUAUUUCAACUAGAAAUUAAACUAUAUUUCAUGUAAGAAGGUGUCUCCUUUCCAAGGAUCUACUGCCAUUCGAAUUUA